AUGAGAUCUGAAAAUAAAUCCCGCCCCGUCCUCCCGCCGCGUCCUCCCGUCCCGUCCUCCCGCCGCAUCCUCCCGUCCCAUCCUCCCGCCCCGUCCCCCUGCCUCGUCCUCCCGCCCCGUCCUCCCGCCGCGUCCUCCCGUCCCGUCCUCCCGCCGCGUCCUCCCGUCCCGUCCUCCCGCCCGUCCCCUGCCUCGUCCUCCCGCCCCGUCCCCCUGCCUCGUCCUCCCGCCCCGUCCUCCCGCCGCGUCCUCCCGUCCCGUCCUCCCGCCGCGUCUCCCGCCCCGUCCUCCCGCGCCGUCCUCCCGCCCCGUCCUCCCGCCGCGUCCUCCCGUCCCGUCCUCCCGCCGCGUCCUCCCGCCCCGUCCUCCCGCCCGUCCUCCCGCGCGUCCUCCCGCCCCGUCCUCCCGCCCCGUCCUCCGCCCCGUCCUCCCGUCCCGUCCUCCCGCUCGGUCCUCCCGCCCCGUCCUCCCGCCCCGUCCUCCCGCCCCGUCCUCCCGCCCGUCCUCCCGCCCCGUCCCCCGCCUCGUCCUCCCCCCGUCCUCCGCCGCGUCCUCCCGCCCCGUCCUCCCGCCGCGUCCUCCCGUCCCGUCCUCCCGCCGCGUCCUCCCGUCCCGUCCUCCCGCCCCGUCCCCUGCCUCGUCCUCCCGCCCCGUCCUCCCGCCGCGUCCUCCCGUCCCGUCCUCCCGCCGCGUCUCCCGUCCUGUCCUCCCGCCCCGUCCCCCUGCCUCGUCCUCCCGCCCCGUCCCCCUGCCUCGUCCUCCCGCCCCGUCCUCCCGCCGCGUCCUCCCGUCCCGUCCUCCCGCCGCGUCCUCCCGCCCCGUCCUCCCGCGCCGUCCUCCCGCCCCGUCCUCCCGCCUCGUCCUCCCGCCCCGUCCUCCCGCCCCGUCCUCCCGCCCGUCCUCCCGCCCCGUCCUCCCGUCCCGUCCUCCCGCUCGGUCCUCCCGCCGCGUCCUCCCGCCCCGUCCUCCCGCCCCGUCCUCCCGCCCGUCCCCCCGCCUCGUCCCCCCGCCCCGUCCUCCUGCCGCGUCCUCCCGCCCGUCCUCCCGUCCCGUCCUCCCGUCCCGUCCUCCCGCUCGGUCCUCCCGCCCCGUCCUCCCGCCCCGUCCUCCCGCCCCGUCCUCCCGUCCCGUCCUCCCGCCCCGUCCUCCCGCCCCGUCCCCCUGCCUCGUCCUCCCGCCCCGUCCCCCUGCCUCGUCCUCCCGCCCCGUCCUCCCGUCUCGUCCUCCCGCUCGUCCUCCCGCCCCGUCCUCCCGCCGCGUCCUCCCGUCCCGUCCUCCCGCCGCGUCCCCCGUCCCUCCUCCCGCCCCGUCCCCCUGCCUCGUCCUCCCGCCCCGUCCUCCCGCCGCGUCCUCCCGCCCGUCCUCCCGCCCCGUCCUCCCGCCCGUCCUCCCGUCCCGUCCUCCCGCCCGUCCUCCCGCCCCGUCCCCCGCCCGUCCUCCCGCCCCGUCCCCCCGUCCCGUCCCCCGCGUCCCCGUCCCGUCCUCCCGCCCCGUCCUCCCGCCCGUCCUCCCGCCGCGUCCUCCCGCCCCGUCCUCCCGCCGCGUCCUCCCGCCCGUCCUCCCGCCCCGUCCUCCCGCCCCGUCCUCCCGCCCGUCCUCCCGCCCCGUCCUCCCGCCGCGUCCUCCCGUCCCGUCCUCCCGCUCGGCUCCGCCCUCCUCCCGCCCCGUCCUCCCGCCCGCCUCCGCCGUCCUCCCGCCGGUCCUCCCGCCCCGCUCUGCCAGGCUCCGCUCCCAGCCGCGGUUCGACACCACCCCCCCGCCCCCGCCGCCGGGGCCUCGACGCCACCCCCACCCCGCCGCGGGGCCUUGACACCAUCCUCCGACCCUUUUUAG